GGGCGGGGUCGCGCGCAUCGGGUUUACGCAUGCGCGCACGCGGCCGGUCGGGCAGGGCUGAGAGGGGAGGGGGCGGCGGCGGCUGAGGCGGCGUCGUUAUUUCCGCGGCCGGGACGGUGCGUGUCGGCGCGGGUGGCCACGGGAGAAGUAGGCAUAAUGGUUAUGAAAGCUUCUGUAGAAGAUGAUGAUUCGGGAUGGGAGCUCAGUAUACCAGAGAAAAUGGAAAAAGGCAGUACAAGCUGGGUGGACAUAACCCAAGAUUUUGAAGAAGCUUGUCGAGAAUUAAAGUUGGGAGAACUGCUUCAUGAUAAGUUAUUUGGUCUUUUUGAAGCCAUGUCUGCCAUUGAAAUGAUGGAUCCAAAGAUGGAUGCUGGCAUGAUUGGAAACCAAGUUAAUCGAAAAGUUCUCAAUUUUGAACAAGCUAUCAAGGAUGGCACCAUUAAAAUUAAAGACCUCACCUUGCCUGAAUUGAUAGGGAUAAUGGAUACAUGUUUUUGCUGUUUGAUAACGUGGUUAGAAGGCCAUUCCUUGGCACAGACGGUAUUUACGUGCCUUUACAUUCAUAAUCCAGACUUCAUAGAAGAUCCUGCCAUGAAAGCUUUUGCUCUGGGAAUCUUGAAAAUCUGUGACAUUGCAAGGGAAAAAGUAAAUAAAGCUGCUGUUUUUGAAGAGGAAGAUUUUCAAUCAAUGACUUAUGGAUUUAAAAUGGCUAACAGUGUGACAGAUCUUCGAGUUACAGGCAUGCUAAAAGAUGUGGAGGAUGACAUGCAAAGAAGAGUAAAGAGUACUCGAAGUCGACAAGGAGAAGAAAGAGAUCCAGAAGUUGAACUAGAACACCAACAAUGUUUAGCAGUAUUCAGCAGAGUGAAAUUUACCCGAGUGUUACUGACAGUGCUUAUAGCCUUUACUAAGAAAGAGACCAGUGCUGUUGCAGAAGCUCAAAAAUUGAUGGUUCAAGCAGCAGAUCUUCUUUCUGCCAUUCAUAAUUCUUUGCAUCAUGGCAUCCAGGCCCAGAAUGAUACUACAAAAGGAGAUCAUCCAAUUAUGAUGGGGUUUGAGCCCCUUGUUAACCAGAGACUACUUCCACCCACCUUCCCUCGAUAUGCAAAAAUAAUUAAAAGGGAAGAAAUGGUCAACUAUUUUGCAAGAUUAAUAGAUAGAAUAAAAACUGUCUGUGAGGUGGUCAAUUUAACAAAUUUACAUUGUAUUCUGGAUUUUUUCUGUGAAUUUAGUGAACAAUCACCUUGUGUUCUUUCAAGAUCUCUCUUACAAACCACUUUCCUAGUGGAUAACAAAAAGGUCUUUGGAACCCAUCUCAUGCAAGACAUGGUGAAAGAUGCACUUCGGUCUUUUGUCAGUCCUCCGGUGCUCUCCCCAAAAUGCUGCCUAUAUAAUAAUCACCAGGCUAAGGACUGUAUUGACUCCUUUGUUACUCACUGUGUUCGGCCAUUCUGUAGUCUUAUUCAGAUCCAUGGACAUAACAGGGCUCGACAGAGAGAUAAGCUCGGUCAUAUUCUUGAAGAAUUUGCCACCUUGCAGGAUGAGGCUGAGAAGGUUGAUGCAGCCCUUCACACUAUGCUGUUGAAACAGGAACCCCAAAGGCAACAUUUGGCCUGUUUAGGUACCUGGGUCCUUUACCAUAACCUUCGAAUUAUGAUACAGUAUCUUCUAAGUGGCUUUGAAUUGGAACUCUACAGCAUGCACGAAUACUAUUACAUAUAUUGGUAUCUCUCUGAAUUCCUUUAUGCAUGGUUGAUGUCGACAUUAAGUCGUGCUGAUGGCUCUCAAAUGGCAGAGGAAAGGAUAAUGGAAGAACAGCAGAAAGGCCGGAGCAGUAAAAAAACAAAGAAAAAGAAGAAAGUUCGCCCAUUGAGCCGAGAGAUCACAAUGAGCCAGGCAUAUCAGAACAUGUGUGCUGGAAUGUUUAAAACCAUGGUAGCAUUUGACAUGGAUGGCAAAGUACGAAAACCCAAGUUUGAGCUUGAUAGUGAACAAGUUCGAUAUGAGCACAGGUUUGCUCCAUUCAACAGUGUAAUGACACCACCGCCAGUGCACUAUCUACAGUUCAAGGAAAUGUCUGACCUCAAUAAAUACAGCCCUCCUCCUCAGUCUCCAGAACUGUAUGUGGCAGCUAGUAAGCACUUUCAGCAGGCAAAAAUGAUACUGGAAAACAUCCCAAACCCGGACCACGAGGUCAACAGAAUUUUAAAGGUUGCCAAACCCAACUUUGUGGUUAUGAAGUUAUUGGCGGGAGGACACAAAAAGGAAUCUAAGGUUCCUCCUGAAUUUGAUUUCUCUGCUCACAAAUAUUUUCCUGUUGUUAAACUUGUUUGAGAGAGACUGAAAAAGUGACCGUAGAGGGGCAGAGUCUCCUUUCAGAGUCUGCUCUUAGAGGAUCCACCCGUCAGUCUCACCACAUACCGUGAAGUGAAGUGGACUUCUCUGAUGACCCAUUAUAAGGAAUACUUUUAAUUUGACAGCCUUAUAUGACGUGAAUGAAAACUGCUGUUUUAAAGUGGUUUAUUAUGUUCCAUGGGUGAAACUGGUCGUCUUGAAUGCAUUGAUGAACGUUAUGGUUUUAUUACAGAUUUAAUCAUAAAUCAUUUUUUAUGAAUGAUUGAGUGAAAAUAGUGUUUGUAAAGGUUAAUAAAUUUCUUGACAAAAAAGAUUAAAAACAGUA